UGAAAGCUUUUAUCUGAACUGUGUCGAUACAUUGCGUUUUGUGUUGAAGGCAUAUUCAUUGCCAUUCGCCGCUCGAUACGCUGCCAAACUCUUGGAAGUCUGCACAGUGAUGCACCAAGACAUAUAAUAUCAUUUUAAUGGCUGCCAGCUACCAAUAACAGUGAGCACGACCUAACGAUCAACCAUUGCUUCAGUCAAGCGUAGUCAGCUCUGUCCCCCAACCAUCAGCUGUAUUCAUUCUUUUCAACGUUAAUGAGGCAAAUGGCACCUGAAACAACAUGUGAUUGUGUCAAACGCUAGUCAUAGUCAAUCGCCAAGGUGUGAUGGGGCCCCUUUUUACAGAUUCUUGAAGCCCUCUUACACCUUCAAUUGCAUUUUGAUAGGCGUUAGCGUUGGGAAAGCGUAAAGGCUGGAUGAAUGAUAAUUACACUCCAGAACGUCGAACACCUACAGCAUCAGUUGCUGUGUGCAUCGACCGAAUCUGUCAGUUCUGGUUGGCAAUGAACAGGAGACCGGGGGGCGACAGAGAAGAGUUAAGCGAAAGCAGUUUAGCUUAGGAUUAUCAGAAUGCCACUGCUGGCGAGUGUGAGGUGUGGCCGCUUUUCGGCGUUGAUCUACCGAAUGAACCAGCUCCUGUUUGUUCUGGUAUUUGGCCUGCUCAGCGGUACACUACUCGAGACAGCUCGCGCCAAACCAACGCUUACGCUUAAGUUCUCCCAACUACCCGGAAUCACACAUAUCGUCGAACGCCGCCUGGUGGACGCUAUGAAGACCUACAGUGAGCGUCGAUUGGAAGCAGAGAGCCUGCGCAUGAUUUACUUCCAUGAUCAGACUGUGGCCGUGGUUGAGCUAGGGCCUGCCAAACGCCUCCUAGGGUGUGAGCUGAUUGAGAUCUACAGCGACACAAACGGUACGGAGCUAUUGCGCAGCCUGUCUAGCAUCAAUCGACCGCUGGAGAUAUCGUUCGGCGAAAUGAUCCAACUGAUGGAGCAGUGCGAGCAGGUGGAUCGAUUGAACGAACGCAACAACUACCGGGCCACGUUGCCACCAGGUGGUUGGAACGAUCCCGGACCGAUCGCAUUUCGGAGUCCUGUCGCGCCGGAUGUGCAACAGGAUGCUGCGGCGCCCUCUACCAGUACUGCCAGCACAGAUGGUGGCUUCCUGGCUUUCAUCUUGCGCAAUCGCGACAGUAAGCUAGGCAUUUUCAAAACUGGAUCAUUUUCGCUGCUCAGCGGUAUCAUUCCCGGAACAAAAUGGUGUGGCACUGGUGAUAUUGCCGAAAGCUACCACGAUCUCGGGGACGAUGCGAUGAUGGAUCGUUGCUGUCGAACCCACGACCUAUGCCCAAUGAAGGUCCGAGCCUACCAGAAUCGCUACAAUCUCAACAACGACUCCAUCUAUACCAAGUCCCAUUGUAAAUGCGACGAUAUGUUGUUCGAAUGCCUCAAGCAAACCAACACUUCAGCGUCACAGGUGAUGGGCUCAAUUUACUUCAAUCUGGUCCAGGUUCCGUGCUUAGAAGACACACCUAACGGGUUUCAGUUCCGGAAGGCACGGGAUGACUUUUAGCACUCAAUCCCUUAUGUGUCAAUGGGCAAGCUGAACAUCACUUCGUGUUGAUUUAAAAAAAAACAGGUGCAUGCAUUGGUUAUAUUAUAUCCUUUCCUGAUAACUCGAUCGAAAAUUGCAUUAGCGCACACUAAACACACUGAAUUAAUUGCUGAAUUGCUGAUCGAACGUAUGUUACAGCUAUAUCGAUCGAAGUGAACCGCAGCAGAAGCCAGAGCGAAAAAUUGCCUACAACCGCAGCGCAUGCAGGCAGCAUCGCACACUCAUCGGUCAGAGCAUGCACGGCAGCAACAUUGUGCGCAUCGAUUAUCCAAAAAAAACCCAUCCAAUAUUCAACCAAAUUGCAAAAUGCGAGCUAAACAUUUGUUGUGUUUUUUCAAGUUAUUUAUUGGUUCAGUGUUACGUAUUGAAAUUUAGUCGAAUAAAAUAUUAAAAAUAG